AUGAAAUUGGUUCGUUUUUUGAUGAAAUUGUCACAUGAAACGGUGACCAUCGAACUGAAGAAUAGCACGUUGGUGACUGGAACCAUUAUGGGUGUGGAUGUUGCAAUGAACACACAUUUGAGAGCCGUUAAAAUGACCGUUAAAAAUCGAGAACCAAUUCAACUGGACACACUCUCUAUUAGAGGUAACAAUAUUCGGUACAUCAUAUUACCAGACUCAAUUCCUCUGGAUACACUGCUAAUAGACGAUGAACCAAGAAAGAAGGCCACAAGGGGUGGACGCGCUCGUGCCGGUGCCACUCGUGGUGGACCGCGAGGUCGUGGUCGAGGACGUGGUGGGCCACGUGGCCGGGGUGGUUUCCGUCGUUGA